GUACUAGUAAACAAUACUUAUAUUUUUUAUUUAUGCUUGCACAUAACAUAAAAUUAUACACAUUUUGUGCCUCUACGAAUUUCCUUGAGUUAGCCACAGCUAUUUGAAAUGGCGUUUUCAUUUGGUAUAUAGUGGUUCGUUCAUAACGAUUUGUGGAGUUUCAUUUCUACUUUCUGAGGAGUCACAACCGUAUUCCUAACCGCUCAGGGAAACCGACGAGUCUUACAAGAGUCGCUUUACGUUUUCAUAAUUCGGUUGAGUGUGGGACGGUAAUUUACACUCUCACUGUCUUUAAGUGUAUGGUGAUGAUGGCUAUGCAUCCAAAUUAUAAAGAAUGUAAUAACAAAACAACCACAGUUACACAUCUACACCAUGUGAUUCUUCAUACUAGACCUUACCCAAAAGUUUCAUGCAAUGUGCAUACUAUUCUUCCUCAUUCUUUGGGCAAACAUAUUCCAUUUGGAGAGCAUAUGACAGUAACUGAAGAUUGUGAUGAAGUAUACCCAAGUAUCUUCAUUGGAAAUGAGAGUACAGCCAGAAACAUAGCAUUUCUUCAACAAAUAGGCAUAACUCAUGUUGUAAACACUGCUGAAGGCACUGGAAUUGGCCAAGUGAAUACUGGCAAGAGUUAUUAUCAUAGCAUCAGUGUUCAGUAUCUGGGUAUGAACAUACUAGAUAUUCCACAAGCUCGUAUUUCAAGUCAUUUUGAUGAAGCUGGAAACUUUAUAGAUUCUGCUUUAAAAAAUGGAGGUAAAGUGUUAAUUCACUGUUUUAUGGGAAUCUCACGAUCAUCAACUGUUGCCAUUGCCUACCUUAUGUUGAAAAAAGGAAUGACUGCUGAGGAGGCCCUGCAUGUGCUACGAAGUAAACGAGAUGUAAGACCAAAUGAAGGAUUUUUACAGCAGUUGGUUGAAUUAGACAGUAAAUUAAAAUGUCAAUGCUAAGGUGUUUUGUUUUUACUUUAACUCCCAAAUUAAAGAAGUGAUGUUUAUCUGUGAUUUAUACCUGCCCUUAAAAUAAAAGAAUUAGUCAUUUACUAUUAGCAUGUUUGAGUUUUAAGUUACUUCUAUUUCUGUAAGAAAUUUAAUGUGUUAUGUUAAACUUAUUUUUAAUUGCUUCUUUAUGCAAAUGUAUUGCGAUUACAGGUUUAUUUGAAUUUAUUCAUGACCUGCAGUUAAAAGUUAAAAUUUUCAUAAGUUAGUUUUAUUAUAAAUAUUGAACCUGAGUUUUUAUAUGCUCUGUAUAUCCUACCAGGAAGAUCAGGUUUUGUAAAAGGAAUGGAAAUAGUAGAAUAAUGUCUAAUAUAAAAAUUGAAGAAAAAAUAUUAAUAUAUUUGAAUUCCUUAUACCUCAUCCAUAAUUGCCUCUAAAAUGAUAAUUACUUUAUAGGCAGAGUUUUAAAGCAAUAGUAGCACAAGUGUGCAAACAUAUGUAAUUUUAUAACUGUUUAUUUAAAUAUCUUAUCACUUCAACAGUUCUAUAAUGCCAACUUCCAGUGAUUUGUGUUUCCACCUUAUAAUAGUAAGGGUAUUUUCUUUGUUGUCAUGUUGUAUCCACUAACUCUGAAACAAACAUAUGCAACCACACAUUUCAUAGUCAUUAUUGUUUGUGGAUUAUUAAUUGUAUCAUAAAGCUAUUUUUGGAUAUAUCUCUUUUAUGAAUUUAAAAAUAUAUGUUUUAUAAAGACACAUUUGAAACAUGAGCACCUACGACUGUUUCACUUGCCUGUACAUAUAGGAUUACUAGUAGUUUUGUAUUUUAUAUAGAUAGUAGUUUAAUGCUAAUAUCAGAUUUUUUCUGUGAAAAUGUGGACUAUUCUACUAUUGAGUUUGUUUGGUAAAUCUGUGCCAAAACUUAUACUUCUUGUUUAAUAGGAUUGAGUUAAAUAUUAACAAAUUUUUUUAUUUAAUUUGAAAUUGUUAUAAAAUAGUAUGUUCAAUGGAAUAAGCUCUUGCAAUUGUAUGUCUUCUAAGAAUUUAGGUAACAUAUUUGUUUGCCUUUUUUUUUCAUAUUAACAUAAAAGAACUUACGCUAAACAUAAUUUCUUAUUAAUGAAACAAAUUUUUUUUCAUUCUUUUAGUUAAUACUUAAAUUUUGAUAAAAUAAAACAACAAAGUAUUGCAUUUAUUUGUAAAAGUUUAUAUUUUUGGAAACCAUUAUUGCUUCUGAAAAGUGGCAACAUUUUAUUGCCUAGCCAUCUGUUUUUCUAUUUAAGAUAUAAUCUAUUCAAUUAAUAUUUUUGUAUUUUUGUGAGAAUUUUCUCUCAAAAUGUACAAAAAUCAUGUUUUUAAGUACAAUCAAUAAGUGUUUAUUUAUCACAUUUACUGAGAAACAGUGGAUAAAUGGUAAGCUCUUGUGUACACUAACUACUCAACAAAACCAGAUUUUAGUAUUAUGUUUCAGUUUGAAAUAGUAAAUAAAAGAGUACAAAAUGG